UCAUGAGCGUUCUGCAUAGCAAUCAUAGGAAAGGAAAAGGGAGGGGGGCCUGCCUGAUCAGUGUUGAACUCUAUAAAGGGAGCUUCCCCUCUUAUUGCAGAACACACAAAUAUCAUUUGGUGAGGGAGAGAGAGAGCGAGAUGGCAUCGAGUGAAGGAAAUUACAUAACUCUCGAUCAAGCUCUCAGUGAAGAAGCAGCUGCAACAGAAGAAGCUGGGGCUGCGGUGAAGAAGGUCUUGGUUGCGGUUGAUCACAGUGAAGGCAGCUUUCUUGCACUUCGUUGGGCACUAGACCACCUAUUUGCAGAUGAAAACCAAGAUUUUGGAAGUUUGAUUCUUCUGCAUGCUCAACUACCAUUCAAGCACAAAGCUCAUCCUGCUGGGACAGCCGUUGACGAGACGCAGACAGUGGUGGAAUCAGUAAAGAAAGAUCAGGAACACAUAGCUGGAAUGCUUCUAGAGCGUGCUGCAUCUGAAUGCAACCAAAAACAUGUAAGAGCAGAAUUGAGGACUGCGGAGGGAGAACCCAAGGAGGUGAUAUGUGAAGUCGCAGAACAACUUCAUGCAGAUCUGGUUGUCGUGGGGAGCCGUGGUCUGGGCACCAUCAAAAGGGCCUUCCUAGGGAGUGUAAGCGACUAUGUAGCCCAUCAUGCCAAGUGCCCCGUCCUCAUUGUGAAGCCACCAAAAAGGAAGCACCAGCACGACCAGCACAUGGCCACAGCUUGAAAACCAGAGAGAGAGAGAGAGAGGGGGGGGGGGGGGGGGGAGAGGGAUGGGGGCAUAUUCGUGUCAUUUGGCUCCCAAAGAAUUUAAGCGGUUGUAAUUUGUAUUUGCAAAACGUUGUGUGUGUAAAUGUUUCUGCGACAUGAGCUUGAGACUGUAAUAAAGAAUAGGCAGCCUUUUGGGAAAGUAUAUCUUCCCCCAUGUCGCACCAUCUAGCCUCCAAUAAGGGUCGAUACUCUCUGAUAUUGAUAACAUUGUGUAAAAAAUUCGCUGUUUUCA